UGUCAAUAUAAAGAUAAGACGAUCUCCCGUUUUUUUUUUUGUCUCACCAUACGCAUAAUAAUGUGGCUAAUUUGGAUAUUAAUCGUUUGUGUUAUUGGUAGCGUUAAUUGUAAUGUGUGUCAAAAAGGAAGACCAAACGGUCAGUGUGGACUAGGACCGGGUGGUGCAUCUUGCCAAUGGGGAUAUUAUUGUCGGAACUCAGUGUGCUGCCAGAUUCCUUGUAAAUAUGGCGAUCCGCACCCUACUCGUACCUGUGGAAUGGUUGUCGGAUCAAACAAUUGUCCGUAUGGAACUAGUUGUAUUGGAGGACCUGCUGAUGAAUACUUUGCCUGUUGUCCAAAUAGAAAAAGAGCUGGCUAAUCCAACUCAAUAAUCGGCUACAUUGGAAUGUCAAAAGUGCAUCAUGAUGUCAGAAGAAAAGAACAAGAAUGCAUGGUUGUUAUAAUAGAUUCGAAGAGCUUGUUAACUGACUGUUUUAUAUACAAAAUGUAUUAUGUCUUAAUAAAGUAUAUUUUCAAUUA